UAGUUUAUGCAGGCUGACGUUGUCAUUGGUCAGACAGCCACUGACAAAAACAGUGGGAGGUUCCCGGAAAAAUCGCUUAGCAGAAGGGAAGGCCAGACCCCAAGAAGCAGAAGGCAGCCGCUGCCGAUGAGGCUAACGAAAGAAGAAAAAGUCAUCUCUCAAUAGUGAGGUGUCGUCUUCCUCCAGGAAAGCUACCUGCAUGACCUGAGCCUACCUGCGUUUACCUCAGCUUCACCAUCCUUCUGCAAAAAAAACUUAAGCCUUUACUCAUUCAUCCUCUCCUCCCCCUCCCACACGGCCUUUUUUUUUUUUUCUUGUAAUUUUCAACGCUGCAAUAUGGCAGGGCGAGGUGGACCAGCACGGACCAACGGCACCGCUGCUAGCAACAAGAUCUGUCAGUUCAAACUAGUGCUACUGGGAGAAUCUGCAGUAGGAAAGUCCAGCCUGGUGCUGCGCUUCGUCAAGGGCCAGUUUCAUGAGUAUCAAGAGAGCACCAUCGGAGCUGCCUUCCUCACACAGACGGUAUGUUUGGAUGAUACAACAGUCAAGUUUGAGAUCUGGGACACUGCAGGACAGGAACGGUAUCACAGCUUGGCCCCUAUGUACUACAGAGGAGCCCAGGCUGCCAUUGUGGUCUUUGACAUCACCAACACAGAUACAUUCACACGUGCAAAGAACUGGGUGAAGGAGCUGCAGCGACAAGCCAGCCCCAACAUCGUUAUUGCGCUGGCAGGAAACAAAGCCGACCUGGCCAGCAAGAGAGCCGUAGAUUUCCAGGAAGCACAAGCAUAUGCAGAUGACAACAGUUUGCUCUUUAUGGAAACUUCAGCCAAGACCGCAAUGAAUGUUAAUGAGAUUUUUAUGGCUAUAGCCAAGAAACUUCCGAAGAACGAGCCUCAGGGCGGAGCGGGACAGGGCGGACGGGCCAGAGGUGGCGUGGACCUGCAGGAAACUGCUCCACAGGGCAGAAGCGGCCAGUGCUGUGGAGGUGGAAACUAACUAACUCAAUGAAUCAGCUAAUCCAGCCGAUCAACAACACCAGAUAUUAGCCAGCUGUAAAACGACGCCCCGUUGGUCCAACCAGACCACCAAAAGACCAACUUAUCCUCUCAGCACCAACUAACUGUUUGACAAAAUGAGCAUACUGGCCAGUAGAUUGCCAGAUCCCACUGAUGGUUCCAGCUUGAUGAACCUGCCAAAAAUACAAAGAAAUCAACCUACAGGCUUAUUCACAGAAUUGCGUUUUUCAUCCCUGGACUCGCCAUUCCAUGACCUUUCUUUUGAUGAUGGACACAUGACGUCACCUUGGAGGGGAAAAAAAACAAAUCCCAUUCAUGGAAGGAAAACAAACAUAAGUCAUUAACAAUUGCUCCUAAGAGAGGCAUCUUGUCCACUGUUCUGUGUUUGUAUAGAGGAAAUCUAAUUAAUGAAAAGGAAGGAAAAUGUGUAAGUUUGAUAACCCUAUCGUUGCACAGCAUGGACUCACUGUACAAAUGCACCAUAAAUGUUUCCAUCAUGGUCUUAUGUUAAAAGCAAGGUGCAUAUAGAGUCUUAAGGAAUUGGAUCAGGAGGUUUUCACCAAGAGAGAACAAAUGGGCAGAUUUCUUAUAGAUCUGAGCUGUGAAGAUUGAAUGAUUAUCUCUAUUAUUACUGUUUUUCUUUUGGUACAGACUGGUCAGUAUGAUUUUGAAACCUAUCUUAAGGUUUUACAAUCAUUUAUCUAUGUUAUCCAAACAUAUUCAUUAAAUACAACUUUAUUAACAAUUUCACCCGUAUGUAAUUUUAGCAUUAAUGUAAUGUUUUUGAAUUAUCAGUGUAAAAUGGGAGAUGUGUAAAGAUUCUUUUCUUGACCAAAAUCACAACUGCAUUUGAAACAUAUUUCUGUAUUUGUAACAGACUUUUGAACUUUGAAAACAAUCUGUAGUUACUGUCAAAAACACAAAUCUUCCCAAUCUGUUUGUAUUCUGUCAAAUGUAAUUAUUUUUCAUGUCUUACUUUAUUUUUCCUCUGGAGAUUCAUGGUAUUAAAUGCACUGGUUCUGUCUCAUCAGCUUUGUGAAUUGAGAUGUUAUCCUCUGCUUCUUUCAUUUCAAGGAGGGCUUGAAUUUGAGUAAUCUUGUCAUCCUGGUGUGGCAUCACCAUCUUACACAGAAGAACUUGCACCAGAACAGCGCUCACUGCUGUAAAGUGGGUAACGGGUAGAGAGUAUGUGUAGAGAAGGAGGAAAGAAAAUGUAAUUUUACAAAUAAAAGAGCCGAACGCA